AUGGAUAUCAAAGAGGUCACUUUAUUUUCAGACUCUAUCAUCGCAUUGGCUUGGAUUAACUCUUCUCCUCACCAAUUGAAAACAUUUGUUGAAAAUCGUGUAUCGAAAAUUCAAACUCUUUCAAAUAAUUUUCACUGGAGACAUAUACCAUCGGAGGAGAAUCCUGCUGACUUGAUUUCGCGAGGAAUCGAUCCUUCCGAAUUGGAGUCACUGGACUUGUGGUUUUCUGGAUCAUCGAAUUUAGACAUUCAACCAACAGAUCUACAAUCCAUUGAAAAUUUGAAUAGUGAACUUUAUGAGCGUGAACUUAAAAAAUCAUCGAAUAUAACUCUUACUUUGUCUUCCAACUCAGACUUUGUUAUUAGUUUUCUCACUUUAA